UUGCAGAAAAUUUGGUUGAACAAGAGAAUCAGUUACGUUCACUUCAGUCUAUUGACUCAGGACCAAGUAGUUUGUGGCUGCAUUUACAAGAAGCUAAUACUAAAACACCUACUGGUUAUUGUUGUUCUUAUAUUUAAGGACUUAACAAUGUCAAAAUUUAGUGGUGCUUUGCAACUUACUGAUUUAAAUGACUUCAUCACGCCUUCACAAGAAUGUAUCAAACCUGUGAAAGUAGAGAAGUCAAAUAGCAGGACAGGUGGUGCAGCCAUUAAAAUAGAGGCUGAUGGAUAUUAUCAGCUGGAUGAAGAAAGUGGUGAACAGGUUCGCCUUAAAAAAGCAGAGAUCACAUUGAAUGACUGCCUUGCAUGUAGUGGAUGCAUCACAUCUGCUGAAAGUGUUUUGAUUGCUCAGCAAAGUCAAGAAGAGUUAUAUAAGGUUCUUUCAGAAAACCAAUCAGUUUCUGAUGAUCAAAAAAAGAUUAUAGUCAUCUCAGUAUCACUGCAAUCAUUGGCAUCUAUUGCAGCAAAAUUUAAUUUGGAGAUGAAUGAGUGUUUUACAAAGCUUACUACAUUUUUCAAGAAUCUUGGUUGUCACUAUGUAUUUGAUACAAACACAGCACGGAAUAUUAGCCUGCUGGAAAUGCAAGCAGAAUUUGUUGAAAGGUAUCAAUCUUCAAAGGACUGCUUGCCUAUGCUUUCAUCAUCGUGUCCUGGCUGGGUUUGUUAUGCUGAGAAAACACAUGGCCAGUUCGUUCUUCCCUACAUCAGCAACACAAAGUCUCCUCAACAAAUCAUGGGCACAAUAGUAAAACAUCAAUUUAGUAAGAUAUUAAAAAAAUCACCCAAUCAAAUGUACCACGUGACAAUUAUGCCAUGUUAUGACAAAAAAUUAGAGGCUUCUCGCGAGGAUUUUUACAACGAUGUGUACAAAGCGAAAGAUGUUGAUCUGGUCAUAACGUCAAUGGAAAUUGAAAGCAUGUUGCAAGAGAAAGAAGUGGAAUUGAUUGGAUUAACUAAUUCCCCCAUUGAUGAGCAGUUGAGUUUUGUUGAUGACAAUGGUGUUUUGUUAAAUCACUUUGGUAGUACUUCUGGUGGGUACCUCCAACAUGUCUUCUUGCAUGCCGCUAAACAGCUAUUUAAUGUUACUAUCAAAGACUUGCAAUAUAAGGUGUUAAAAAAUAAAGAUUUUCAAGAAGUUUUGUUGGAAACAAAUGGAGAAGUGAAAUUACGGUUUGCUUUUGCCUACGGCUUUCGAAACAUUCAAAAUAUUGUUCAAAAGAUCAAACGGAAGAAAUGCCAUUUUGAUUUCGUGGAAAUAAUGGCAUGUCCUUCCGGUUGUACCAACGGGGGAGGGCAAAUACGUGCAGAGACAAAAGAAGGAGCUAAGAAGUUACUUGAGCAAACUGAGACAUUAUAUCGAAGCAUACAAACAAUUGUACCAGAAGACGCAAAGAAGGACAGAAACAUAUUCAGAGAACUUGACAUUUUAAGAGACGAAUUUAAAACGGAAUAUCAUGCGAUCGAAAAAGUUAGCAAUGCACUCAAUAUUAAAUGGUGAUAUUUUUCUAGUACAUUCAAAAUUAAACUUAAAUUUGUUGCAACUGAAAUUGUAGGUUGUAUUUCUUGCUACAAUCUUGGACAAAAAAAGAGACAAGACCAGUUUGUUCCUUAUUUUUUAAAUAUGAACAAAAGUGUCAAACAGAUGGAGGCCAGGAAGACAGCUUCAAAGUCGCUACACUUGCGGGCCAGAAAUACAGCGUGGAAACUUGCUAGUCAGAUUCUCUAGCUUGCCCCCACACUUAAAUAAUCCACGUCAAGGUCCACGAAGGCCCCAAAAUUCGUGAAAAAUGACCAUGCAGACGUCAGCAACAAUUAGCACAUUUUAAGUUUCUUCUUACUCAAAUAGCCUAAGAUCCUAAGUGCUAAGUCCAUUCUGAACAUUGACAAGUUUAAAAUGUGUGAAUUUAAUAUAGAAAUAACCUACGCAAUUACUUGUGGUGGCGAACUUCGAAACUAGCUGUCUUGUCUCAACAUAUUAUGACCAAGAUUGUAGGUGCCAUACCAUUUUUUCAACCUUUGUGUUAAUUUACUUUUGUUUUAUAAUAUUUCAACAUUUUUUCCAAAUCACGAAAAUAUAUAAUACACCAAUUUCUA